UUGUUGUGACGUCACUCUAGUGUUGGGGAAAAUAGCAACAAUAAACACGACGAGAGAAGACGCACUUAUCUUUUCAGAAACUCUGAUUUCGAUUUGAACUUGAAUUACAACGACUUCGAAUUAUGGGAGCCGUGUUGGGGUUAUGCGGUGCCGCCCAGCUGGCGUGCUGCUGUGGCUCGGCAGCAUGCAGCUUGUGUUGUUCAGCCUGCCCAUCAUGCAAGAACUCCACAUCGACACGUAUCAUGUAUGCAGUGAUGAUGCUGCUGGGAACUAUUGUGGCAUGCAUCAUGCUUUCACCAGGAUUGCAGGAUGCCCUACAAAAGGUACCAUUUUGUAGUAGUGGAGAAGGAGGAGGGCAGUUUAUAGACAUAGCAGCCAAUUCAGUGCAAGUGAAUUGCUCUGGUCUUGUUGGAUAUUUGGCUGUGUAUCGACUCUGCUUUGCCAUGUCCCUGUUCUUCUUCAUUAUGGCAGUCUUGAUGAUUGGGGUGAAGUCUAGUAAGGAUCCACGAGCUGGUAUCCAGAACGGAUUCUGGGCCAUCAAGUACAUGAUCUUGAUUGGUGGAAUCAUUGGUGCUUUCUUCAUUCCUCGAGGCUCCUUUGGUGAUGUAUGGAUGUAUUUUGGUAUGAUUGGUGGGUUCCUCUUCAUCCUGAUCCAGUUAGUGCUCAUCAUCGACUUUGCUCAUUCUUGGGCAGAAGCUUGGGUUGACAAAUAUGAAGAGACUGAAAGUCGUGCUUGGUAUUGUGCCUUGCUUUCCUUCACAUUCCUGAAUUAUGCCUUGGCUAUCACUGCUGUAGUUCUUUUCUAUGUUUUCUACACAACGACUGAAAGUUGUGGUCUUCACAAGUUCUUCAUAUCCUUCAAUCUCAUCUUGUGUGUUAUCAUUAGUAUUGUUAGCAUCUUGCCCAAGGUUCAAGAAUCUCAGCCACGCUCUGGUCUGUUACAGGCAUCUGUGAUUACCCUGUACACCAUGUACUUGACUUGGUCUGCUAUGACAAAUGCUCCAGACAAGAACUGCAAACCUAACUGGGGAGAAGUGAUCCAUGGAGAAAGUCCAUCUGAAGAUAAGGAAAUAAAAUACUACCGCAUCUAUUAUAAUGAUGAACCUGCUUUUGAUGGCGAGAGCAUUGCUUCCUUGAUCAUCUGGUUCUUCUGUGUCCUCUACUCAUCCAUGCGCACUGCCUCCAAUUCCCAAGCAUCACGUCUGACAAUGUCUGACAAAGUUCUCUUGAAAGAUGAUAACACUAACCGUAGGAGCCUUGGGGACAUUCCUCUUGUGACCAAUGAAGUGGUUCAAGGUGCCAGUGGUGAUCCUGAAUCUGGUGACAAUCAUCAUGUGUGGGAUAAUGAGGAUGAUGGAGUAGCCUACUCUUGGUCAUUCUUCCACACAAUGUUUGGACUGGCUACUCUGUAUGUCAUGAUGACCCUUACAAACUGGUUUACUCCAAGCAAUUCAGACUUGAGUACUCUCUCAAGCAAUAUGGCAGCUGUUUGGGUGAAGAUUGUAUCCAGCUGGAUUUGCCUCUUCUUGUAUUCUUGGACCCUGGUGGCACCCCUUAUUCUAUCCAACAGGGACUUCAGUUAAACCAGGAUGAGAACAACUGCUUUCUUUAAAUUUAGCCAAGCAGUGUCAUGAUUCCAUCAAACAAAAAGUGUGGUAACUACAUGAUUUAUAAUAUGUUCUGUUAUCUGUGAUGUCAACAGUGAGGGUUGUUAACACUUUCUUUGGAUAUCAUUAAGCUAUGAAGUUUCAACCAAAAUUUUUUUUAUUUGCCUUUGUGCAAGUCACAAAUUUGUAACUAUAAGCAGUGAUAUUUUACUUGAACUGUGUUGGCAUACUUUAAGAGUUGGUUAGAUUCAGGCCUCAACCUCUUUUGAAGUAAAUGCUGCUCUUAAUGAAACAUUUCAAGGAAAGGCAGAAAUUUUUGUAAUUUAUAUGACUAAGGCAAAACUAUGUAGCUGUCUAGUAUGAGAACUCCUUGGAUGUAGUAUAUGAAUACUCUGUGUACACUACAGCAUAGAUCUGAUUGGUACAGAUUGUUACUGGUAAUUGGAUUUUACUUUAGGGGAGGAGUUUGGUCAUUAAGAGUAUAUUUUGUAAGUGAGACUAAGAUGAAAAUGAUGUGGGAAACUAAGCAAGAUAUUGUUAUAGAUUUUAGCAGGUGGUUUGGAAAGCUUAGAUAUUUCAGCUUGUCAUAGUCCUCAUAUCACUGAAAUAAUUGUGAGAGUAACAACUGCCUUGUUUAGUGUCUUGUAGCUUUUUUGUUCCUUUGUAUGGUACCAUACUAUAUUUUGUGUUGCCAGUGUAUAAAGGCUUGGCUAAAUAGUAUAACAGUGGGAAAUAAAUUAUGAAGUGGUGUAGAAUAUCUUUGUGUUAUCAUGCAUAUCUUUUUAAUGGAACAGGUAAUUACCAAAGUUAAGUGUAGGUUUGAUUUUUACAAUAUUGUAGUUUAUGUAACUGCUUGUUUUUCAAUAUAUAGUCAUCUUAUCCUUUAAUUCCCUUGUAAUAUAACCAGUUGUGGUUAUAGUUUGUUCAUUCACUUCUAUAAGGUAAAUGUAUUUAAAUAUAUAAUGGUAAUUUUUAGGAGUUAUUGUGUCGCUACUGUAUUAUGACGUGCCAUGCUGUAGAUCAAAAUGAAUGUUUGAUCACUGACGUGCAUGACUAAAAAAAUAGUACUAAAAUGAGUUUCUUAACAUUCAGAUUAUGAAAUUGAGUUUUUUCAAGUUUUGUGGCAUGCAUGGCUUCAUUUAGUGUAUAACCGUUGUGCAAAAAAUUACAGAAAGCUGUCAUACUUACAUGACAGGUCCUUGCUGACAUUGAAAGCAGAAUUUUCAGAGAAAUUUUGUUUUCUCAGCACUUUUUGUGUAAAGAAAAUGAAUUAACUUUGAUAAAGGUACAUAGUAGGUAUUGAAGUACGUAUCUUGAUUAUGAGGAAGUACUCGGUGGUGUUAGUACUUAACAAUUGGAUGAAAAAUUUCCCCCUGUGAUAACUUUUUAACAUUCUGUAAUUCUUAUUUCACAUUUUACUCAAUUGUAUAUUAUUAUCUGUAGUUAAUAAAUGUGAUAAUACUGUA